AUGGAAAAGCUGGUAGGGGGCGAAGCUCAGCUGCUGUUCGUCGCAGCUCUCUACGGGUCACUCACCGUCUCUUUCCGUCUCCUCUACGCCAUGGAGGGCCCUCCCUGCGCCUCCGUCGCUAGUUUCGUGAGAGGGAUGAUGGCUGCUGCAUGCUUCCUCCCCGUCCUCUUGCGGAACACCCAAUCCUCCUCCUCCUCCUCUGCCUCCUCUUCUGCCUCCUCCUCCUCCUUCUGGUUGGCAGCAUCAGAACUUGCGAUGUGGAAUCUUGGGGCGCAGGGGCUGCUCAACGUCGGCCUCCUCUUCACCGAGGCCUCGCGCGCGUCGUUCCUGACGCAGACGUCUGUGGUACUGACGCCGCUGGUGGCAAUGGUGGGAGGAGACAAGGUCGGCAAGAACGUUUGGUUCGGCUGCCUUCUGGCCCUUAUUGGCGUUGUCACCCUUGCUUCUGCUGAGUCCUCGGCUGCUGCUGCUGCCGCCGCUGGAACUCUUGGUAUCAACAUCGGCGACGCUUUCUGCCUUGCUGGAGCUUUGAGCUGGUCCAUGUACAUCUUUCGUCUCACCUGCAUCAUGGAGAAAGGAGGAGACUCAGUCAGGAUCCAGGCAUGGAAGACAAUCAUCCUUGGAGGUCUGUACGGCCUGUGGGCUCUCGCAGAUGCUGUGAAAGCUGUUGGAGCCGGACAGACAGUCAGCUCGCUAUGGCCAGGAGCAGGAGCAGGGAGUUUGACGGCUUGGAUCAUUCUUCUCUUCUCUGCCGUCGGUCCAGGAGCCAUUGCUGAUGUCAUGCAAGCUCGUGCUCAAGAGAAAGUACCCCGGCCAUUCUCGAACCUUCUCCUCCAUCUCCAUGCCACGACCAAACACUCCUCCUCCUGCCCCUGCUGCUUCUGCCGCUGCCGCUGCUCCGCCCCUCUCCAAUUCUUUCGCCUUUGCCCCUUUCCUCAUGUAACUUUCGUAUGUACUUGCCCUUGCUCUACUUGA